UUUGGAAAUGCUUUUCCCACAUCAGCUGCACUUUUCUCUUUGGUCUUGUUAACCAAACUCUUAACACAUUCCAGGCAUUAUUUGCCCUCAGACCACAGGGUAGCAAGGAGGUUGUUACUCCACAGAUAGCCUUUGAGGACAUCAGUCCUGUUCCCCAAACACACGUGCUAGACUGGAUCACAGAUUCAAGCUGUUAAGCCCCAGAAGAGGAAGGCUACUGGGACAACGGAAUACCAUUAGGGAUUUGGAGGUUUCUUAACAUCACUUCAAGGAAAAAUAGCUCUGCCCUCCCUUGGAAGCUGUGAAACAUGAGCUUUCGCUAUAAUUCUGCCUGUGCUCUUGAGCUUGGCUCCCUGACGCACUCAGGAAGGCUCUGCUGUGCUUGUAGGUCCCUGAGAUUGCAGAGCCAGCUGUUCAGCCCCCCUCUGGGAAGGGACCGUGACGUUGCCCUCCUCUCUUUCCCAUAUUUCACCUGAGCACUACCUGUGUCACAAUGCACUUGAUAGCUUUACAGUUCACUUAAGCUGAAAUUCACUCUGUUCAUACUAUCAAGGUAAUUAAAUUCCUUCCCUCAGUAAUUUUUGUAUUACAUUUAGAAGAAAUAUAGUUUAUAACUGUUACAAUUCAUCCCUUGGAAAAAUAGUAUCAUUAAACUUCCUUUUAAAUCAAAGAACCUUUCACAUUUAUUUGUCUACUCAUUAUUCAUAAUGACAAACAGCACAAUAUUGCAAGAGUAAUCAGAGGUGCAUUAAAAUAUCGCUUUUACUAUUUAUGCUUGAAAUUUGUACAUGUGAAAAUUGUCAAAGCAACUCAAGACCCAAGCACUAUAAAUAGUGCUCUAUUGUUAGUGGAUAAAAGAUGAAGCAAGUCUCAUGGCACUGGAGCACGUCCUAGUAAGUGCUACGCUCAGCCUGUGCUAAAAGUGAAAGGCUGCAUCGACUGAUAAAGUAGUCUGCAGGCAAGGCAUACGACUGGGGGGAGCUUGGUCUGCCUCUGCAGCUUCCCCUAAGCGACGCGAAGGCAGCAGCUGCGUAUCUGUCUGCCUCAGCAAUGGAAGAAACAGUUAUAAGACACUGGGUGGAAACUCCUGUGCGUUAUCAAGAAGAGUUUGCAGUCCAAGAGCCAGAAGCGUUCAAACUGGAUCACUCCCUGUACGCUUUGCCGGGCCCUUCCACAGCUGCGCUGAGCAGCAGAAGGCGAAUCACAGAAAGUGCAGCUGGGGCCGGGACGCGCGACCAGGAGGAGGAAAACACCCGCUUUCAGGUCUUACUGGAUGUUGUGCAGUUCCGCCCUGAAGAUAUCAUUAUUCAGACUUUCGAAGGCUGGCUGCUGAUCAAAGCUCAACACGGACCCAGGAUGGACGAACACGGUUUCAUAUCCCGAAGCUUUACUAGACAAUACAAAUUGCCCGAUGGAGUGGAGAACAAAGAUCUGUCUGCUCUUUUCUGCCAUGAUGGCAUUUUGGUUGUUGAAAUGAAGAACUCGGUGGGAAAGAACUAAAUUCUUGCGAAUAGUUUCUCGGAGGGGAAUUUGGUCUGUAUGCACAUCAAGGACUGGCAGUUGACCUGUGCCCAUACAUCUGUAACAACCAAAGACACUCAGCACCAUCCAGAAUGUCUGUCUAGCACAUGGCCCCAGUUGCCACAGCACUGAAAAACUACAUAAAUGUUAAUGGAUUUAUCUUGACAGUAUCCUUAGACGGUUGUGAAACAUUAGCUCUUCAGCCAGGGAAGGGAGACAGACAUGCAUUCCAAGCAAUAUUAAGUGGACGGUUGAGAAUUUCUGAGCAACGAUCAUCUAUUACACAGACUGGGACUGAGAUAACUAAUAUGUAUUACAGAGGUCAAACAACAACAUCGGUGUUUCUGCUCAGUUGUCUUUAAUUUUAAUAUUCUCUUUUGAAAAAAGCUUUGCAAUUUCUGCUUAAUGUAUGUUCCUGUUUGAAAAAUAUUUUGUUUUCUCCUAAAUCCCAUGGCAUUUUUUUCUAAAUUCCGUAGCACAUUUUAAAGUGUCUCCAUUUCUGAUACCCGAAAAUUGUCUCUCGUUUUCAAAUACAACUUUACAAAAAUUUUACAUUAAUAAUAUUCAAUCUUUUAGAAGCUUCAAAUGAAAAAAACCUGCAAUAACAGAUUUGUCACAUUUCUUGCAUUUACUUCAUUCCUUUGCUAGUUCAAAGCCCUUAAUUUCCUUUAGUCUGGAAACUUUUGUGUUUAAAAUCAUUUGGUGCCCUCUAGGGGAAGACCUCUUAGGCAUGCCUAACUGCUGCUCUACGAGAUGAAGUCCUUCUGUGAUUCAGAGCAAGAGAUUACAAUUACAGAUGAUGUAAAAAUGGAAGGAAAGAAAAUCAGUUCAUCCAUCUUUUAAGUGGAAUUUAGUACCCAUCCCUACAAUUUAAAAAAAAACCCAGUCAUUUCUAGUUAUGAUGAGCCAGUACAGACAGCAAAACAAAAUCAUCUAGGGUAACAAAAUAAAAAAUAACAAUAAAAACCACAUACUGAGUGAGCAUUAGAUUUAGUUCACUCUUAGAAAUUAUACUGAUGAUAAUUGGCCUAUCUGUAGCCAUUUGCUUGCACAAAAUACUAUUCAGUGUGU